CUCAGUUAGGUAUAUAUUUAGUCAAUUUAGAAGUGCCAAAUAUUCAGGAAAAGUUUUCUGUAGAAGAUUUUGAACGGAAAGCCGUUGCCAUGCCAUAUCAGGGGGAAAUAGUUUUAGUUCCAUUUUUGCAUUUUGAUUAGGUUUUUGCUAUUGUUACUUUUUUAAAUUGUAUGUCUUUUUGUAUUAAAAGAAUCAAAAGGAGGUGUUUAGUCCGUAGGCGUGAUUUAUUUGCGAAUCGGGCAUAUCUAUAGUGCCGGCGCUAUAGAUAUCUUUGGAAGAUUCACCGGCUUGUUUCCAAAACAAACAAACAAAAAAAAAUUGUAUUGCUUUAAAUUCAUUUAACAUAUUUUUUUAGUAUGGACAACGAACAAUAUAGCAACAUUAAGCGCUUUGUGUUUGCUUCAGAGCGAAAGUAUACCAUAAAACCUGAACCAAAGGAACAGCCUGAAUCGCAGACAUCAGAAGAACGGAUUAUUGCGGCGAUUAAAAAAGAAAAUAAAGAACUGCACCAAAAAAUCGACACUUUGGAACGAAAAUUUGAUGUGUUGGCGGAAUCUUUGGCGGAGGCGUUGGCCCUGUUGAAGGUUCAAGUGAGACAAGAUAGAAAAGCCUCCGAAUGCCACUUCCCAAUCAAAUCAAGGGAAGAGUUAGAGGAAAUUAACGGCGCCAUAAAUGAGGAGCACAUUGAUUUAUAUACAACGAAACUGAAAAAUAUUUUGGGGACCGGCCAAUCGUUGGCUAAAUGUUUAAAAAAUGUGCUCGACGAGGAGCUCUUGAUGGAAUAUAAUUUGGACGGGACAUCAGGAAAGAGUUCCCUGAAAAAUUUGAAAAAUUUUUAUAGAGCCCUGGAAAUGGCGGUGCAGUUGAAAAUUCCCAAUGAGCCCGCUGAGAAGACAAUAAGGAAAGCGAUUCACAACAUAAAAAAUGGAGCAUUUCAAAAAUUAUCUAGGGCGAUUUAGGGCGAUUUAGGGCUCAGGGCCAGCCAGAUGAUACCCAAAUUUAAUAC